AACCAAGGAAGCAGCUUUGCACACGCCGGUUGUGCUGGAGAGGGUAGUCGGCACUCACUGCCAUGGGUUGUCUGGGCACAGCUCCACUGGUGCUUUUGCUCAGCCUCUGGCGUUCGGUCGCGGCCGCCCAGCUGCCCCUCGUCCUCAUUACUUGGCCCUACCACGACGCUGCGGAUCAGGCAUGGAAGACUCUUAUGAGUGGUGGAUCAGCACUGGACGCGGUGGAGAAAGGUGGCAGCCAAUGUGAGAUUGACCAGUGCCGUGGCACUGUGGGAUACGGAGGAAGUCCCGAUGAAACCGGUGAGACCACGUUGGACGCACUGAUAAUGAAUGGUGACACCAUUGAGGUUGGCGGAGUUGGAGACCUUCGAAGGAUUAAGAGUGCGAUCAGCGUCGCUCGGGCCGUGAUGGAACGUACCACUCAUUCACUGUUGGUAGGGGAGUCAGCAUCAAUUUUUGCUCAAAAUAUGGGUUUCCUCAGUGAAGAUCUGAAAACAAACCGGUCUUUGUCCCUGUUCUCAGCCUGGUUGAAUCAAAACUGCCAGCCCAACUUCAGGAGGAAUGUCUCACCACAGCCUGAAACUUCAUGUGGCCCCUACAAACCAGUGAAGGAUCUAGGACCAGAACGACCUGUAAAGUUAGCACCGCAUAUCAAAUUUCAGAGCCAUGACACCAUUGGUAUAAUUGUGAUUCAGAGCAAUGGAACUAUUGCUGCAGGGGCAUCGACUAAUGGUCUCAUCUAUAAAAUCCCAGGCCGUGUCGGGGAUUCAGCAGUAGCUGGAGCAGGUGCUUAUGCCGAUAGCACAGCAGGAGCUGCAGCGGCAACUGGAAAUGGUGAUAUUAUGAUGCGAUUCCUUCCAAGCUACCAGGCAGUUGAAUAUAUGAGAAUGGGGAUAGACCCAACCACGGCUUGCCAGAGAGUUAUUAGAAGAAUCCAAAAGCAUUACCCAAAAUUUUUUGGGGCAUUAAUUUGUGCCAAUGCAAAAGGGGAUUAUGGUGUUGCAUGCAGCAAAUCUUCAAAAUUAGAUCAGUUUCAUUUUAUGAUUUACAAUCCCUCAACAGCUUCAGAAAAGAUGGUGAACUGCAUUUAAAGUUGCUGUCAUCCAUUCGUCAUUUUCUAAAGAAUUCUACAACUUGUGAAACUCAAAUCAUCUUGUGAAUAUAAAUGAUAAAUCAAAAAUUCUGCUAGUGUUCCUACAGUGUUCUGCGUGCACUAAGUACUUGCGGGCUAAGCUUCAAGACUUUAGAACCAUUUAUGAAUUUUGUGUCCAUUGCAUGUUGUAUUUGUUGUUCAUCACAUGGUAAAACUGCAACACAGCAGCACAACGUGGCAUAUAAGCAUGCUUAGUGCCAUCAUCGUCCUGAUGUCCUUACUUCCCAGUAAAUUAGGAUCCCCCAGAUUCAUUUUAAUGAAGAUAUUAUGCCUUUGUGGGAAUUAUAUCACUUGCACUCUUGACUCAUCCCAAGAAGUGAAUUUUAAACUUCCGGCAUUAUAAGAAUGAUUGUUAUGGUGUUUCAUUUUGUGGCAAGAAUAUUUUCAGUUAUAAACAGCAUUAUAUAACCUGAUAUCUAAGCAAAAGUACCAAUGUGGCUAGUUUCUGACCAACUGGGACCCUUGGGUUAGGGUUAAUGUCACAUGAGUAGGGGACAAUGGGGAUUGUGCUGACAACUUUGAUUAGUAUCUCACUUGUUGGAGUUUAUCCUUUCCUGGCAAGCUUGUGGGAAUACUGUUACUUGCUAAUUAUUGUUUAAACUCUAAUUAUCAUCUUCAUCGAGUUGCACCACUGAAACUGCCUUCUUAGCAUGCAUCUGUCUACUUCUGCUGUAAUGGAGGGAGGCAAUUGAUGAAGCUGCUGAACAAUGCAGUUGUAAAGCAUUGUUUUAGUACUCUAUAGAUUAGCCAACAACUUUUGAAAGUUCAUAUUCAUCUGGGUGUCACUGGCAGGGACCGUAUUUAUUGCCUUCUCCUAAUUGGUAAAACACUGCAGCUCUCUGGUGAAGGAAGGAACUCCUACAAUGCUGUAGUAGUAGUGGGGUGGGGGGUUCUAGGUAAAAGUCUACUGAAAUAUUCCCAAGCUAGAAUGAUGUGCAUUUUGGAAGGGGACCUGGAAGUAGUAGUAUUCCCAUAGCUAUCUUCAGUGCUCAUCAGAAAUCAACCCACACCAAAUCCAUGAAAGUCCUCUCUUGGGACUAUAGCUUCAAGUACACAGCUGGUCCCAAACAAUUCUAAUCUGUGAUGAGCAAGUGGAAAUAGGAUAUUAAUUGGACAGAUCAGACUGGAGUUCAAUUGUUACAACUCUAAAGAAAAUCAAAUCAGCGGUGCAGGGUAAAAUUUAUAAUAAUAUACAGAAAGUACAUAGAGUAACCAUUUAUACUUAAAUGUAUUAUAAAGAAAGCUAGUAAUGUCAGAAAUUUAAAACUGAUUUUUAAAUUUAUUAAUAGCUACUUGCAAUAGAUUGACAAAGCAUCAGGGACAAAAGGUACUGAAACAAUACAACAAUGAUAGAAAAGAAAAAGUGGCUUUGUGAAAUUUUUUCCAUAUACUGAAUCAAUAAAUUUCAUAAAACCAUGGGUGAUAUACAAAAUAAAACAUUUGUAUCAAAUAUACAGCUGUGUGGAUUGAACAUAACCACAGAUGGCAAUCAUCAACUGUCAAUGCAGCUUU